AUGUCUGCCUCGAAUGAAGCCAACAGCGGAGCCAGGCCUAAACGUCGUUCCAGUCAGAAUAGUAUUCGGACGGACGAAUUUAGUGACAUGACUUAUCGGCAGUUUUAUCCAAGCAAUCGCAAUCGGCGAAGAAACCGAGUGAAUCUCAAUCAGCGUUUAAAUGCUACCAACCAAUCAGCAUUUAUGGAUUGGGAGGAAUUACCAAUGGAUGACGAUGACGAAAGCAACGGCUACACCAGAUUUGCAAUGUUAUCUCUUGAUCCGCUGACUGGCGAGCCAGAUAACAGCAUUCCCCAAACCCCUGGCUUUUACUACUGCUACAUUGAUGAUGUUCUAGCCGAUGGAAAGUACCAGAUAAUUACAUUGAAAAAAACGAAAAAAUUUCUUUUUUCUCCACCGCCAUUAUCAGCAGCAGCUCGAGGAAUCAUGAAAAGAAAGAGUUCGUCGUCAGGCAAGUGUGCAGAUAAUUUUUAUGACACACCAACGACGACUAUGGCACCAAUAAAAAUUAACGAGACAGCGACGAUGACGUCAUCGUCCGCUUUCAAAACAAACCAGAACGAGAUCAAGGCUGCACUUUCAGCGUCUUCAUCUUGCUCGUCGCUGUCAUCAUUGUCCUCAUUAUCAUCAGACGAACUUGACGACAAAGACUUCGAAAGCCUUCCAACGCCAGCGUCUCUAACAUUAUCAUCAUUGAAGUUUGAAAGAGGGGAGCCAAGUAAUGAUAAAAAAGAUGAUACUAGUGAUAAAAAAGAGGAUACUAAUGGUAUAAACGACGGUACGAAUGAUAAAAAAGAUGAUACUAGUGAUAAAAACGAGGAUACGAAUGAUAAAAAAAAUAAUACUAGUGAUAAAAACGAGGAUACAAAUGAUAAAAAAGAUGAAGGUACUAAUGAUAAAAACGAUGAUUUGAAAGAUAGUGGUGAUAUAUAUGGUGAUAAUGAUCAUAUAAAUAUCGACAGUAAUAAUAAUGAUGAUGAUAGCAAGGAUAUUAGUAAUAAUUAUAUAAACGAUAGAAACGGUGAUGUAAUGGGUGAUAAUAAUAAUGAUAAUAUAAAAAAUAGCAAUAAUUUUAAUGAUAUAAAGGGAAGAAAUAAUGAUAAAAAAAAUGGUAUCAAGGAUAAUAAUGAUACAAACGAUGAAAAUGAUAUCACCGGCUGUGAUAUAAAUAGCAACUACGACCCUAUCAAUAAUGAUUUAAAGGGUGAUAAUCAUAAUUUAAGACUUAUUGAUAAUAAUAUUGGACAUGGUUGUUUUAUGAUGUAA